CAACCAAUCAAAAAUCCUUGAAACCGAAAGAAAUAAAAAUUAAAAAUCCUUCACCCUUUUCGCAAAUGACAGUAAAAAGGAAAUCUAACAAGUAACAAAUCUCCACCAAAUCCUACAAUUUGAAAGAAAGAGGGUUUUCUGAACUUGAUUCCUACACCUAGAAAAUAAAAAAAGUUCAACCAGUGUUGAAAUUUGAGAAGAGAGAUGUCAGGGUACAGAGCAGAAGAUGACUAUGAUUACCUCUUCAAGGUGGUUCUUAUAGGGGAUUCGGGUGUUGGCAAGUCCAACUUGCUUUCAAGAUUCACUAGGGAUGAGUUCAGUCUUGAGUCCAAAUCCACCAUUGGUGUUGAGUUUGCCACCAGAAGCUUGAAUGUUGAUGGAAAGGUCAUCAAGGCUCAGAUUUGGGACACUGCUGGCCAAGAAAGGUAUCGUGCCAUUACCAGUGCAUACUACCGUGGUGCAGUUGGUGCUUUGCUUGUUUACGAUGUAACGAGGAACCCCACAUUUGAAAAUGUUGGAAGGUGGUUAAGAGAGUUGAGGGAUCACACUGAUCCCAAUAUAGUUGUCAUGCUCGUUGGGAACAAGUCUGAUCUCCGACAUCUGGUGGCAGUCUCGACUGAGGAUGGAAAGUCAUUUGCUGAGAAGGAGUCACUCUACUUCAUGGAAACUUCUGCACUGGAAGCAACUAAUGUGGAAAAUGCUUUUGCUGAGGUUCUUACUCAGAUAUACUGUAUUGUGAGCAAGAAGACAAUGGAAACAGGCGAGAAUGGAGCUGCAUCGAACAUUCCUUCAAAGGGUGAGAAAAUCGACGUCAGUAAAGAUUUAUCCGCUAUGAAGAGCGGCGGUUGCUGUUCGACAUAAAUCAUGUCUUCAUGUACACCAAAAUUUUCUUGCAGAAGAAGAUGACUGGAAGAAAUGUUUUCUUCUAUAUCAAGAGUCCUGGGAAAUGUUACUUUUGCAGGCAAAGAGUUGUUAGAAACCGCAGGUUUUAUUUCUAUUGCUUUCAAUAUAGAUGGAAUUCUGGUUCAGAAGUUGUGGAAUUCUUCAAUAUUAUUAACCUUUUGAAACAUGUGGUGCAUUGGAAUCAAAAUGGGUUAAUAUUUGAUAUUAGUGUUAAAAUACAGACCAAGUGAUGUGCUUUGCAACUACCUCA